GCGGGGGUGGAAGGGUUUUGAAGGCACCUCCCUCUCCCUCUCUCUCCCCCCCCCCUUCGGUUCCUGGCUCUUUGUUACCCGAACGGGUGUAAGACAGACAGCGCGGAAGACGGCUGUUGGGCGCCACAGUCAAGAGUUGCUCGGCUGUUGCCUUGCCAGGCGCUCGCACCUGCUUUCCAGAGCCUGGGAAGGGCGAGACUGCUGGAGGGCUUCCCUUUCAAAGCAGAUGCAGCGGAGGAUGGCUUGCAGAGGUCAAGGGUGGAUUGGAGAGUCGAGGUAAAACUGGAUUCACCAUCUGACUUUAAACAUUAAAAACUUUUGGUGUCUAAAAGAUGUGCCAUGGAAUGGUAGGAGCAAAGAGCACCACAACAUCGUUGCUUGUCUUGAUCAGUCAUGGGAUAUUUUUUCCAUUUUUUAUCUUCAGUUCCUGUAUGGUGGAAGGAUUGGACUCAUACUGUCCACAGCCAUCCAAACCUGAGAAUGGAGGUUACAAAUGUCAUCCAACGCCUUGCAAAGACCCACUGACAUCUGACAGUGUCAUAGAGUAUUUCUGUGACAAAGGUUAUGUAUUGAAAGGAGAUUACAAAUAUUUGACUUGCAAGAAUGGCAAGUGGAAUCCAGAACUGGAGGUUACCUGUAGACUUAGCCAAGAUAAAGGUUCUCCUCCAAGUGUAGGAGUACCCACCUUAUCCAUAGUGGCUACUACAGCAAGUUCAGUUGCUCUCAUCCUUCUCCUAGUUGUAUUGUUUGUUUUGCUACAACCAAAACUGAAGUCAUUUCAUCACAGCAGGCGUGAUCAAGGUGUUUCUGGGGACCAGGUUUCUAUUAUGGUGGAUGGAGUUCAGGUAGCUUUGCCAUCUUAUGAAGAAGCUGUCUAUGGCAGUGCUGGAAACUGCAUACCAUCCUCAGAUACACGGAUACAGAUCGUCCUUUCAGAAGGAGCUGGACAGAGUGAGGCAAGGGAAAUGCAACAGCCACCACCAGACCAAGGGGGUCCCAGUGGCUUUAUUAGGGAGGAUGAAACCCCUGGACGCUCUGGAUUGUGUGAAGCUGGCAGCUCUCACCACUCAGAAACUGUUCUAGUGCAUCAGGCGACCACGUCUUCCUGGGUGGCUGGCACAUCUAGCAGUAAAUCUGGGCACAAAGAGACUUCAGACUCAGAAAACAGCGAUGUACAAAGCCUUUUAUCACUUGCUUCCUCAGAGGAAUACAUGGAUGAUAUUCCAUUGUUGAAAGAAGCAUGAGGGUUACAACGGUCAUCAAAUCUACACACUCUAGUUUCCUUUUCGGAAUGAUGAGCGCUUCAUGCUGGCUUUCCCUUCCCUGAAGUGCUGCACACUGAAUAUUUCCAGAAAAUAUCCCUUAGUUGAAGAUCCAAAGGAUGCCACCAAGACACCAUCUUCAGUGCAUCAGUGGAGUGCACCGUGCCAGCUAUCUUCUCCAUCUCAUUCUAUAAGCAUUAAAGGAGGGCUUUAGAGACUCAAGUUCCUCCAGCCUCUCCUCUUUCCCAGACAGAUGAUUUUGAGUACAGUCUCUGGAGAGUUGCCAUUUACUUGUGCCUUGCUCCUUCUCACACUGGCUCGCUGCAAUUUCUCAUAGGCCUUGCUAGCUUCUGGAUGUCUCAGAAAGCAGGGUCAAACCACAGCUUGCUUUGUUUGGUGCAGAUGGUUUUGUUCUAUUUAUUAACUACAUUAUGAAGGCAAGAAGAAUGCCUUGAGAUGGCCUGAGUGGGAGGGAGUUUAUAAAAUUCACACAUACUGGUUGUAGACCUCAGGUGUUGAAAAUUGUAUAAUCCAUAAUGAAACUGCACAUCAACACAUUAAUAAGCAGUGCUGGCUGUAUUAAAGGGAAUUGCUACCCGCCACUUUAGAAAAAAAUCGCUUAGGCUGCUACUUGUGCUUUGUUUUCCUCAAGGGUAAAGUGACUAUACCUCUCAUAUAUUUGCAUUCAUUCUUUUCUUUUUUAAUUCCAUCACCUCCACUAGGACAUUCUUUAUCUCUUUGAACAUGCUGUGUGGCAUACAUUGAGGGCUGCAGAAAGCUUUGAGAAACUCCCUUGUAUGUAGCCAGAUUUAAGAGCACUUGCAUGGCUAAGCCCAUGGCCUCAUCCUAUCAGCAAUACUGUGGCCGUACUACAGCUGAUCCAAAGCCUUCCAUCUUUGAGUAUAUGAUUGGUUUAGUCUCUUUCAAAUAUCAGUAGAACAUCAGUUUGUUGUGUUGGAGUAGCAUUAUCAUCUGUCACAUGCGUUUCUGUGUCAGCUCACCACAGAGUGAUUUUGGCAUUGCUACUUUAUUUUGUUGCUGUGGUCGAUUUCUGUCCUUGUGGAGGUAUUGCCAGGGCCUGCAUUUUCUUCAGCUAGCAACUGUCAAUUUUUAAAGUAUUGAUCAUGGUUAGCAAGUAUUUAGCUUUUGAAAUUGGUAUGUCCAAUUGCCUUGAAUGAAUUAGUGAUAGCCUGCCUUAAAAAAGAGCCAUGCUGCUGUUUGUCUAGAUGCAAGAGCCUCCCUUCCUCAACAUGCUUUAUUUUUGUGUGUGUGUUGCCUUCUGCAUGCUACUUCCACUUGGAAACUUCUUACUAUGCAGGGAACAUGCUUGUUUACCUCACGUCCUCUCGCACAAGUCUGCUUCUGUUCUUGUUUUUCUAGCUAUCUGUGAACAACGGUCUUGAUGACAUUAUGGAAGUACUGAUUCAAUAGCUUUUCUUCAAGUGAACCUCCCAAAUCAAGACUUUUUGUGUGAUUUCCCAAAGAUUUGUACAACAGACGUAAGCAGCUUAAGUACCAGUUCUCCACCUUGUCCCAGCUCUGGGGACAUGCCAACUGCAGGCAUAAAGAACUUGGAAUGGGAAAUAGUUUUUGCCUCUUUGGAUGGCCGCCCAUAAUCCCUGACUUUAGGUGGCCUGCACAAGCUCAGAAUUAUGAAUAUUCCUGUGAAUAUUCCUGACAGAAAUUUAGUAUUGAAAGCAAAUACUCAGAAAACCACAGCUUGCAUUUUAUCAAAUCAUAAAGAUAAAAUCUCUGACCUUUGUGAAUAUAUUCCUGCAAAUUUGUAGGGUAAUGUAUAUGACAAUCUUAAGGUGUAUAAGUAGAAUUUGCUGUGGCAAUGUGACAAAACUUUAGAACUCUGCAUGGUUUUUUAAAAAAAUCCUUCAGGAUGUGCAGAAGUACUGAGUAAACCAAUAAUUUGCUUGUUUUUAAUAAUAUGACAGAAGCAAACAAUUCUGGAUUUUCCUGGGGCCUGAUACUGGUAUAAAUAUAUAUUGCCUUGGCUUUGAUUCUGCUCUCUUGUAAGUGAAUGGAUACAUAUCAAAUAUAUAUACAUCUCAUUACAUAGAAGAUGUUUCAGUAACAGUUAGUAAGCAAAUGUGUAGGAAGAGCCAGCCAUAACUAAUAUUAUACAGAGGCUAAUAAGGCACUGCAAAUCCGUUGAAAGAGCUGCUUCCAGAUACAAGGCUAUGUACAAAACACCUCUUCCUCAAUCAAACAAAUAUCUUUUUGCCAAGUUUGUGCUGCCAUUUCCAGCUAUCUCUACCUGGUUUUCCCCUAUGGCUACUUUAGUGAAAAGAGGAGCUUUGAUUGAGAUCCCACAAAGUUAGAAGCACUUCUUUUGAAGGAGUUUUACCAUCCUAAUGGCUAGGGGCAUAUAAUUUCCUAAACCAAAUAACCACAAUAAUGUUUAUCAUGCUGUAUAGACCUAGCUAUUGUGGUUUAUAAAUGUUGACGAAUGAUUUAUCAUGGUCUGUGAACACAGCCAAUUAACUUAUUCAGUAAGAUUAAGUAACUGUGGUUUAGUGCAGUGGUAAAUAUUUUGGUUGAGAUGGAGAUGUUUCGAAGUAUAUAGAGUGACAUCUAAUACCGAUUUCUUUCUGGACUCAUGACUGGAUUAGCCUUGAAUAUGAAUCUUCUUUCUCACUCAGCUGUGCAGUUUUUAAACCAUGUAAGAACUCUGAAAUAAUGUAUUUUCAUUCCAUCAAACAAAAUUUAUAAUCCUGUGUUUCCAUUCAAAAGAAGGGUUUUGGUGGAGCAGAUCAUUGGAUGCUAAUUGGAACCACACAAGGAAGGCAUGAAAGCACUAGCAUCCUCCUUUUUUAAUAUGUAGCCAGCAUGUUCUGUGUACUGCAUCCGUAUUCUCUGGAAACCUUUAGUAUAGAUAAUCUUUAUAAAGGAUUUGGGUCUUAAUAUUUUACCUGAAUAAUUUAUAGCUGGAUUUUGUGAUUUUUUCAGGGCAAGAAAUAGCUUUCCUUUGUAGAAAAACUGAAUUUUGAAGAUCAACAAUAAAAAUGCCAUCUUCAAAAUUGUAAGUUUCUUUUCCCUUUCAAAUCUAAUAUUCUCAGGUUCUUGAUCUGAUUGGCAAAUUCAUAUAAAGCAAAGAUACCAAUAGUUGUUAAGUAUAUGCUGGGGGUAUCUGCUUAAGAUGUAAAUGAAUAGAAUAUUUUUUUAAAUGACAUUAAAGUUCUGAUGCAUCAAAGAGCAUUAACGUAGUUGGAAGGGCUGCUACUCCAACACUUUGUAGUUCUUAGGUGCCUAAUUAUUCAUUUAACUUUUUGCAGCCUUUUAUAGGGAGAACUACAGUAGAUGCUGCAAGAGCACACUUUGUGCCUUGCAGGAAUAAGUUGUGGUUCUGGUUUUUAAAAUGUAAGCCUUUUCUGAAACUUGAGUCUCCUGGUUAAUCUUGUUCUUCUGAUGAAUGAAUGCUUGCCAUUCCAUCUCCCAUUUUAUUACAAAUCCUGGUUGGUAGAUGAACCCAUGAAACUGCCUUAAAGUGACUUAGAUUGGUCUGUCUAGUUCAAUAGAUUUUUUUUUUAAUUUAUUAUGAAGGGUUUUUUUUCCCAUUCCAGUAGUUAUCAUUGGUGAACAUACGGAUCUUAUGUCAACUGUAGAAAUUAACCAUAGGACAUUUUUCUCUUCCACUGAGAAAAGUUAUUUCCUUAUUCUUCCACCCAAUACAUGCUAAAAACAAGACAUUUAACUUAAAACGCAGUGCUGCUUUUCUGUGGUAAAUACGUAUCAAGUGGAUUGAUGCGCACUAUAGAAAGCUGCCAUUUAACGAGGAUGUGAGGCCUGAGCACCCCAUUUUCUCAUAUAUUAAUGAUCAGUUUAAUAUCAGUAUCUUAAACCAGCUGCCACUCUUACUACUAUUGCAAGACUAAAUCUGGAGAGGACACAUCUUUCCCAGUAUUUCCUCUUUUGAAGGAAAAGCUGAAGCUUGAGAAUUCAUGCCUGUUAAAAUAAACAGGAUUACCAAAUUCCUUUUUUAUUAUUUUGCCCUUGUUUUUGAAGUUUCAUAUAAAAUAAGUGGGGGAAGAAGUUUGAUUGAGAAUGAAUUUGCUUUUGUGUUUUAAUAUUUUAAAAACUGCACAUUUAAGGCAUGAAUACAAUAAUACAAAAAAUAUAUAGGUAAUCCUCAAGUUACAAACGUAAUAAAGCCUGCCAAUUACAUUCAUAAUCCAAAAAUUCGUUAAUUGUAUCAUGUUAAAUGAAUGAGCCCCCUCUGCUUUCCCCAAUGCAUUUGUUAGUCAAAUGCACAGGUCAUUAAGUGCACAUGAUGUAUCUCAGAAUGGGGAAGACCCAUGGGGGGAGGGGUUAGUGCUGGAACAGGCCAUCCAAGGCCUCCCCUCACCCAUUGAGAUAUCUCAUGUUUCGCUUGCAAUGGGGUCUCCAUAGUUCCUUGGGCCUUUUCCACACCAAUCCUGUAUCACCAAUUGCUCACUUUCCUUUCAAAAAUCUCCAGAACAGGCUGACCCACAUGGCAGAAAAGCAGCCAUCUUUUUCUCAGAUGCUGUUUUCCUUAGAUCUUGCAUUCUUACACACGUUUUUGCGCAGAGAAUGGAAUCAUCUCUAAGAACACAAGAUCUAAGGAAAAUAGCUUCACCAGCAUCUGAGUAAAAGAUGGCCACUUUUCUGCCACGAGGCCAGCAUCGUUUGGUCCCGUCCUGGGUGGCGCCACGGGUACCUUCUGCGUGCUGCUGGUUUGAAUGAGUGGCUUCGGGGAUUGCAGUGUGAAAGCGGCAGCAGCCAAUCAACAUGGGGCAUUUUUCACACUGUUUUGACUAGAGGAGAAGGCGGGAGCCACUUCGGGGAUUAUGGUGCAAACUCAGGGGAGGCCGUCAAUCAACACAAGGCAUUUUUUUGCAGUGUUUUAGCUGGAGGAAGAGGCGGGACCACUGGGCAGUUGGGCAGCUGGUUGGGACAGCAGCGGAAAAGCCGAGCUGAAGCCAGGGACACCCGAGCCCCUCGCAGUGAGCCAGUCAUUGCAGUUGGUGGAUGCCAUGCCUGAGAGUCCCAUCCACCCAUACUUGCUCACCUCCUGCAGUGCCUUAGGUGCCAAAGCCUGAGGCAUACCCCUGGCAGCGGUGAAUGGGCGUACCAAGCUCUCCAUCUCUCUGCCUCCAUGGCGGCAACUGGUAAGGUCCACGUGGGUUGGGGAGGAGCAGGUGGAAUCCAGUGGGCUAGCAAAGCAGGCCUAGUGCCUGAGAAGACCCAGCAGGGCAGGAUGGGUGGGGAGAAAUAGGCAGGAGGCAUGUUGCAGCAUCUCUGCAGUUGAUCAUAAGGGCAAAUGAUCGCUGUGAUGCUGCAACAUAUCUAACUUUGGGACCAGGUCGUAAGUACUUUUGGUGGGUGUCAUAACUUUGAACCAUCGCUAAGUGAACUGUCAUAACUCAAGGAAUACCAGUAUGGAGGAAAGUAUAGAAAAGAACUGAAGAACAUUAGAUGCUUAAGGGCAGGCUACAUCUAUUAAGCAUUCUUCGGAGUCCUCUUCCCAGAAAACCUUUUUUUAAAACACUGGAGCACUUUUUAAUGAUUCAGAUUUAGCUAUUUUAAGUAAAUAAAUUAUAAUAAUCACUUCCUGCUAUUUGUGGCAGAUGUAAGGGGUCUGCAAGUCCAUUUCCUGAUUAAAAUGUUACAUCAGUGUCAGCAGCCCUCAGACACUGGAUAGAUGGGCAGCUAGAUCUGCAGCUUGAAAAAUCUUGCAGAGUCAGUUAGUAGUUUCCACUUCCUUGCUACAAAAUCCUUUUUUUUUUAAGUCUCCAGGAAUCUCAGUACUAUUUCAGUUUUUCUUCUUUUUUUUUGCUACCUAUAAUGUUUACUCAUUUCAAGUAUACUAACACAAGAAUAACCAUGAUGCUAAUUAAAAUAUUUACAAGGGUUGUGUGUAUGGAAAGCGGUUCCAGAACCAAAGAUGUUUUUGUUAAUUGUGCUAGGUUGAGUAAUAGUGCAUACACAACCGUGGUAUGUAAUCCUAUAUCCUCAUUAUUGUGAGGUGAGAGAGUGUCUAUACAGUGCAAACAAUUAGUACUACUGUGUCCUCGCAUUGUUUUCAAAUAUAAUGUGCCCAUACAAUUUUCAGACAUUGCUUAGAAGCAUAGAAACAGGCCAUGUGUCACAUCUAACUCAUACUUUACAUGACAGAUCAUAACUGGAUUUGCAAUAAUUAUUGCAUUGUAUGCCAGUAAACACAGAGACAUAAACUAAUCAUCUGUGGGCAACCUCAGGUCCCAGGGCUUGUGUUCUGCAAAUCCCCGAGAAGUACAUGGCAUUUUCUUAACAUUUUAAUGUUAACUACUGUAUACAGUAGAUGCAAUUGCAAUGCUGUGAAUCAGGUUUCAGUUUCCAUUAUUACUCUCAUAUGUAUAUCACACACACUCCCAAAAGGAGUAACGUGCUUUUAAGAGGGGCAAGUUGGAAAUCAUGAAUUUGGCACAUCACACCACAUUUGGUGGUAUGUUAUGGAUUUCAAACCCAUGUCUGCUUUGUUUCCUAGAUGCUUUGUAAUUGUUUUUGAACUUGAUCACCUCUUUUGUGUUAUUAAGAUUCUAGAGGAAAUACCGUUGGAUAAUGGAAAAACCUGUGUGUUAAUGUAAAUCAUUUUCCAGCUGGUGAGCUAAGGAGCAUAGCGGUCAAUUUCUGGUGGAAAUUUGACUGUUAUGCUUCAUUUUUCAUGGAAGCUCACAGAGUUCAGACCAAACAUCCUGUUAGAACAAACAUUCAGGCACACAUUUACACUGUAAUGCAGAUGACAGGCUGUAGAUAGCUGGAGAUACAAAAGAGGAAAACCUGGUUGCCUUCAGUGCUUUUUAUUUGUAAUCUGAACUGCAUCACUAAGGAAUUUAUUGGAAUUUAUUUACAGAAUGGUACUCGUAUAUAUAUCUAUAUCUAUAUAUAUGGGAUUUUAAAGAUUCUAUAAUGCUGUGUAGGAUGGAUCUAUAUAUACAUGUGUGUGUAUGUGUGUGUGUAUGUAUAUAUCUCUCUCUAUAUAUAUCUAUAUAUAUAGAUCCAUCCCGUACAUUGCAGUGGGUGUGAUGAUAGUAUUUUAAUAUUUGUACAAAAUUUAAUUUAAUUUCAAUUCUAUGUAUAUAACUGCAUUUCUAAAUUAAAAUACCUUUUGAAGUCAA